AUGGCGAGCAAGGAAGGGGGCAAAUGCAUGCUCACCAACUCAGAGUCUGACUCGGAGGCGGCCCCGGUGCCCUCCACCUCGCUGGCACUGGAGGUGAAGUAUUCCCUGGAAGCCAGCCGACAGGUGAGGAAGAGAAACAAAGCCCUGCAGGUGCGCUUCAAGGACAUCUGCGAGGCGCAGAACGAGCAGAGGGAGGCCGCCCUGCAGGCGGCGGCGAGGGGCGGCAAGCCCAUAUCCUACAAAGUGGCCUACCGCAAGUACAUGACCGUGCCCGCCCGCCGCUCCAUCCCCAACGUCACCAGGAGCACCGGCGUGCAGACGUCCCCCGACCUGAAGAAGCGCUACCAGACCUUUCCCUUCGAGCGCAAGAAAGGCCACACGUUCAAGCACGUGGCGGCCGUGGAAACCUACAAGGGUCAGGACAACGGUUUCCUCAUGGAGGCCAAGCCGUCCGGGGCGGCCGAGCGGGGUCUGGGCGAGGAGGAGGAGGAGGAGGACGGAGCCUGCGGGGGGGGCGGAGUCCUGAGGACCCGGGCUCUGCUCCACACCAAUGAGUGCGCGGCGGCGGUGGAGCAGCACGCCGCGCCCGACGGCCCCCUCUGCCCCGACGCGCUGCUGCUCGCCGACCGCCUCGCCGACGCGCAAAAGGCCGGCGGGGCCGGGGCGCCGCCGGCGGACUACCAGCUCUGCGGCCUCAAACCCAAAGCCGGAUUACAACGCGGGGAGGCCGACGCCGACCGCUCGGCCCGGAGGCAGCUGCUCACCCUGGAGGCGGGCUCGUCCCAAACCCUGCCGGACAGGGCCUCCAAGGUGACCGGCCCCAUCGCCUGGAACUCGCUGACGCAGGUGGAGUGCCUGGACAGCCCCUCCGUGCGGAACAAGCGGAAGAAAGGCCUGCAGCUCAACGGCCUGUCCAGCGAGACUCUGCCCAGAGCCGGCAGGGGCUGCACGACGCAGGUGCAGUGCCACACGGGUCAGCUGUCCGCCCGGCCCAUACGGGGCAUGGAGGAAUCGCUGUCGCCCUGCAUAGGGGGCGAGGACGACGGGGCACCGUCCGACCGGACACAGGAAGCCUGCAAGCAAAUAGUGCCUAUAAAUCAAGACGGGGAUGUAAAAGCACAGCUCCAGGCCAUGGAGAAUCUCAUCAGCUCCAGCCAAGAGACCAUCAAGGUGCUACUUGGGGUCAUCCAGGAACUGGAAAAAGGAGAAGCUCAUAGAGAAGGACUCUCCUAUCGAACCGGACAGGACACGGCCAACUGUGACACAUGCCGGAACAGCGCAUGCAUUAUUUACAGUGUGGAACUGGACUUCAAGCUGCAGGAGGACAAGCUGCAACCGCUGAUGAAGAGGCUCUGUCCAACGGAGGACGCCCCCUUCCUCCCCCUGCCUUACCCCCAGGAGGCCUUCACCUCCACCCCUAAACGCAAGUCCAAAGCUGACUCCAAGAAGCACGCUCGCUGGAAACUUUGGUUCCUGUGAGAACACGAGAUCACUUCCAGCCCCUCGCUCCCAAUGCACAGGAUUUAACCGUCCAUCUGACCUUUCAUAUUUGUCGGGUUUUAUCCACGGUCUUCAGUUUUAUCAUGUCCUCUUGGAAUUUUGUAGACCAGUUUUAACGGAGAGCUCAAUGUCUGGAUGCCCAGACGGCAGGAUGCAUAAAUGGAAUGUGGAUAUAAUGGACAACUGAAACUGUAAUGCUAACCAAAAAAAAAAAAAAGGAUUUAGUCAUAUUUUCCACCUAUUCUUCAGACAAGAUGUGAAAUAAUACCAGAGAAACAUAUUUGGGGGAUCAGCAAGGUGAGGAGGCCACUUUCGAUUCCUGCUGUCCCUUUUCAUAUAUUUUUAUAGCUGAUGUCGGCGGGGUCCUGUUCUAAGAUGACGGCCUAGUGUUCGUCACAUUUCUGUUCACCAGAAGGAACUUUGUCUUUCUUCCCAGCCUCCAGAAGAAGGUGGCAUUUGAACCACGCUCCUCCGGGGGCCUCCAUAAACAGCAUAUCACUGUACUGCAAAGCACAAUUAACACUGUUCAGGAUACCAUUUCUGCAGAAUAAUCAAAGAAAAACUAUUUUGAGUAUUAACUCCCACAUGUAGAUCACCUACUAACCAUGGCUGAUUAAGGACUUUCAUACUGAUAAAAAAAAAAAAGACCUAAAAGACAAAAAUGUCUGAUGUUCAUUCAAGUUCUAUGAUAAACCUUUCCAUUGCCAAAAUGUCUCCUUGAAUUAUCUGACUUUGAAGUAAAAAAAUGAAUAAAUACCACUUAUUUUCUUAAUAAUAUUUGCAAAACUAGACGUCAAUGUACUUUUUUCUAUAUAAAUAUAUCUAUAAUACUUUACUUUA